AAGUGGUGGAUUGAGAACUAAACAAGCAGGGAGAGGGUCUUGCAGGGGGAGUUAGUUUAUUGAAUUAGUAAUUUUUAGCUGAAAAAACAAAAAAGAUAAGCAAAUUUGAAAGAGAAAAAAUGGGUUAUUUGUUGAAAGAGGUUUUAAAGACUCUUUGUGGAGUUAAUCAAUGGUCUUAUGCUGUUUACUGGAAGAUUGGUUGCCAGAAUACCAAGCUUUUAAUUUGGGAAGAAUCCUAUUAUGAACCUUUAACAUUCUCCGGAAUUCAUCGCAUUUCGGGGGUUGAGAAUCCGGAACUAUCGUUCCAUGAUUGGGACGCUUGCUGGGGUUCGGGGGAGGUCCGUAUGCAUCAAGCAGGGGAGAGAGUGCACUUGCUUGUAAACAAAAUGAUGAUGGAAAGUCAAAUCAAUCUAGUAGGAGAAGGACUAGUCGGUCGGGCUGCAGUUACUGGGUGUCAUCAGUGGUUUCAUUCAGAGGAUUUUAGUAGAGUAGUUCAUCCACCUGAGGUCCUGAAGGGGCUCACUGAACAGUUUUCUGCUGGCAUCCAGACAAUUGCAGUUGUUCCUGUUCUUCCUCACGGUGUCGUCCAAUUCGGAUCAUGCUUGAAUAUUAUGGAGAACAUGAGUUUUGUGGAGGAUGUGAGGAUACUGAUAAGUCAGCUAGGAUGUGUCCCUGGUGUCUUGUUAUCCGACGAAAACGCAUCAAAAGAUCCGAUCGUGAAUACUGGCGCACCAGGUUGUCAGGGAAGUUCAGUUUUUGUAGAUUCUUGUGGGCGUGGUAAAGUAAUGAACUCUGCUCCGGAUAUUGCUGGCUGCAGUUUUCAGAACAACUCAAGUCAGCGUGAUGGUUUUAUUUGUCAAACUUCUUCCUCUCCGACUGCACAAGUUCGGGAUAGAAUGCAGUUUACCGAUGCAACAUUUCAAGCCUCCAGUAUGACCCAAAGUUUUGUCGAAUCUCAUGAUCGUCAGUUUCACAAGAAAAUUGUUCCAGAGGUGAAUGCACACCUGUCUCCUAAUAGCCAGCUAAUACAUAACAUGAUUAAAGCGGAGGUAAUUUCUCCAAGCUCCAACAUGUGGAUGAAUCAACAAGCUUCUUUACACAUUCCGAGGCCUCCCUUUCAUCAGCAAUCUUCUACUGACUCAUUAACUGUAGAUAGCGGCUGCUUAAGCAAUGUAUCCCAGCUUAAUGGUUUCGCUGCAUCUGAUCCAAGACUGAGUAAUGUCCUGAUUUCCAAUUGUCAUGGAAAUUUGAUUUAUCCAUCUGUUGGAAAAAAUGAAUUAUGUAAACGAUUGGAUGGGCAUCACCGAUCAAUUCCAUGCCCCAAUUCUAUUGCUGAUGCCAAUGAACUAUCAAACAAAAUCAACUCUUGCACAGAGUCUGCUGGAAAUGGGCUUCAAACAGCGUCAAAAUUGAAUGCAUCUUCAUCUUUUGUUGGGGACGCUUUGAUUACUAGUCAUAUUUCUGAUGGUCAGGGCGCGCAAUUUAUGUGGGAUGAGAGUAAUGGCGUAGUCGAAAAUGAUUUGUUUCAAGCACUCGGUAUUAUGCUAACACAGAAUGAGCACCUGUGUAGUACAAGCAAGCCGAUGGAAGAGGUUUAUGGUGAAAGACAUGAAUAUGUGGGGCAGAAUGCAUUACAUGAAAAUAACCAGUACGAAGAUUCCUGUGUCCAACGUAACUCGGGGGAUGACCUGUUUGAUGUUCUCGGUGCUGAUUUUAAAGAUAAACUACUCAACGGAAACAAGAACAGUUAUCAAACUAACGGACCAGACUUGACCACAAGGGAUCACGUUAAGAAUAACUCUACUUCCGUGAUUAGUCAGUAUGCUUCUUCGACAGUCCAUCAAGGAAAAUCAGAUAGUGGAUCAUUCUCUGUGGCUGGUUUCGAGCGUCUUUUGGGUUCUAUAGCAUCCAAGCCUUCUGCCAAGCAGAAUCUUGAUGAUGAUGUUUCUUGUCGGACAACGUUGACAAAUUUGAGUAGCUCCUCUGCUCCACAUGUUUCAUCGUCCUAUGGCCGAGUUGGAUUAUCUAGUCAAAUUCAAGGAGAGGUAUUUGGACAAGCCAAGACUCUUGCAAAAUCAGGAGUAACAGUUUCUCGGUCAUUGGGAUCCGAGAAAGCAAUCUCAGGAGCCUAUUCGCAGAGCAGUUCAAUUUAUGGGUCACAAAUUAGUUCAUGGGUGGAACAAGGUCAUGACACAAAGCCAACUAGCAGUGUUUCUACUGGAUAUUCUAAGAAGCCCGAUGAGACAAGCAAGACCGGUCGCAAAAGGCUUAAACCAGGAGAGAAUCCUAGACCUAGGCCAAAAGACCGACAAAUGAUCCAAGAUCGUGUAAAAGAACUGCGAGAAAUUGUUCCAAAUGGAGCAAAGUGUAGCAUUGAUUCACUACUGGAACGCACGAUCAAGCACAUGCUUUUCUUGCAGAGUGUCACGAAACAUGCGGACAAAUUAAAACAGACAGGAGAGUCAAAGAUUAUCAGCAAGGAAGGAGGAUUGCUUUUAAAAGAUAAUUUUGAAGGUGGAGCGACGUGGGCAUAUGAAGUUGGUUCACAGUCUAUGGUCUGUCCGAUUAUAGUUGAGGAUCUGAAUCAGCCUCGUCAAAUGCUCGUGGAGAUGCUUUGCGAAGAGCGUGGUCUAUUUCUGGAAAUAGCUGACAUUGUAAGAGGAUUGGGCCUGACCAUCUUAAAAGGAGUUCUGGAAACGAGGAACGACAAAAUAUGGGCGAGGUUCGCAGUAGAGGCAAAUAGAGACGUAACGAGGAUGGAGAUAUUCAUUUCACUCGUUCGCCUCUUAGAGCAAACAUCAAAAGGCGGUGGAGAGGAAUCAGCUAACCCCAUUGAUAACGACACAAAGAUGGUGCAUCCGUAUCAUCAAGCAACGUCGUUAACAAUGCUCAACACAUGAGGCUAUAGCUAUGUGAUCUUCGUCUGGACGUGUUAAGAGUUAAGCAGUCGAAAACCAUGCUUGCCAUGACUAACAUGUACAUUUAUAGUCCGACCCUCGUGGUUCUACGAAGCUAGUCCUCAUUUUUCGCCAGUACUAUCCAGAUUCCCAACGUUUGCUUAGUGCACCGGGCUGCCUUAUUUUUUUUUUUACUGUUGCCCUUUGACGUAGUAUAAAUUUUUCAUUAGGUACAAGGAGAAGGGAAAUGGAUUCUUGGUUUUUAUUGUUUAGCAAGGGAGUUUAGGGGGUGUUUAGUAGGUAAAUAUUUGUGUACUUAUUAGUGUUCAAUUUGUGAACAUGUUUUUUCUGGCUUUAAUUAAGAGUUUUCUUUUUUUUGGGCUUUAA